GUGUGCACCCCCCUUCCCUCCUCAAACCCCACCUGAAGGAUUACUCUGAUUGACUGUGUAACAUUUGUCGGGGUCGUGGUGCCUCUCGCAUCGUAGCUGACCAUCGGGCUUCUUCUCCUUCCUCCUGCAAACCAAACCUCGUGUGUUUAUCGCUGUGAGUUUUUUUUUUUUUUUUGGGUGCUGUGCUGGCUUCGCUAUGGAUGCGCUGUGGAUGGCACCGCUGCUGCUGAUCCCAGUCCUGAUGUGGACCAGCAGCACGUUUGUUUUCUAUUUCAAAAAGUGCUUUUACGUCGCCUGGAUGAUGAUGUUGGCGCUGAUUGCGAUACCCCUGUGCAUACUGAAGAGCGGAGGCAGGGACAUUGAAAACAUGAGGAUUAUCCGCAACCUGGUUCGUCACGUGAAGUACUUCCUGGGUCUUCGAUUUGAAGUGAGCGGCUGGGAGCAUCUGCAGACAGAGGGACCCUACGUCAUCAUCUCCAACCACCAGAGCUCCCUGGACGUUUUAGGCCUGAUGGAGAUCUUACCGGACCGCUGCACCAUGAUUGCCAAGAAAGAGUUGAUCUACGCCGGCACAGUGGGCCUCAUUUGCUGGCUGGGCGGCAUCGUCUUCAUCAACCGCAAGAAGACGAGCGAUGCCAAGAGCGUCAUGGCCGACGCUGCCAAAACCAUGUUGGACGACCAGAUUCGUCUGUGGGUGUUCCCAGAGGGAACGCGAAACCAGAAAGGUGACCUGCUGCCCUUCAAAAAAGGUGCAUUUCACCUGGCAGUGCAGGCACAAGCACCCAUCAUACCCAUCGUUUUCUCCUCCUACAGUAACUUCUACCUACGGAAACAAAAGCAGUUCAAUUCGGGGACCAUCACAUUGAAGAUCCUUCCAAAGAUCGAGACAAAGGGGAUGACGUCAGACGAUGUGGCAUCCCUCUCUGACAAAUCCUUCAAUGUGAUGCGCUCAGCCUUCCUGGACAUCUCUAACUCCAUAACCCAUAGCAACGGGCCCCUGAGGCACUGAACAUUUACCAUUUUAUUCCCGCCUCUUCUUCUCCUAUGUCCCUGUCUGAGACCCACUCCUCCCCCAGACCUUCCCACUCCUCCCAGGUUGUCCCAUCACCUGGCCAGGAAAACAACAUGACAAGGUCUCUUGUCAUGAAUUCUCUUCUUGUCUAGUUGACGCCUGGUCCGGUCUGCCUCUGGCCUGACCGUACAGCACAGUCAGUCCCGACCCUCACCGUGUCUGCAGCAGCACCGGCAGCAGCGCUGCUCUGCACGCCGUGAGCGGAGUGACGGACGGCAAGCCGAACAGUAUGGAUGUGUGUUGUUCUUCAUGCAUGCCUUUUUGGAUGGCUCUGUCCACCUUCAUCCUCGCUUUGUUCUCUGGCUUUGGAAGCCUGACUUUGUUAUCGUCACACUGUAUCGCCAUUUUAUACUCUUUUUGACCUCUUUUUUUUUUUUUUCUCCUGCUUCUGCCUUCUGUUCAGCAUAUAAAUCUUGGCAUUUUUGUUUUUCUGUUCAUAAAUGUCACUGGAUUUUUUUAUGUUCUUCUCAUGCUGCCUUUUUGUUAUUAGUUACUUUGGACGCUCACAUACGCACAGAAACAUAUAUACACACACAGGCAAAGUGUCCCAUCUCCUUCCUUCCUCUCCUUUUUAGUGUGUUGCCCCCCCCCCCACUCUGCAUUCCAGUCUCUUGCCUAAAGACAAAAGGAGCGGGGUCUCCACGAGCGGCGGAGUGUGCGGA